GUCUUCGCAGUAUAGGUUGAAAUCGAUUUGUAAAUGAUUGCAUUCUGUUUUGUUUCAUGUCUGCAGCAGUAGUUACAGACUUCAUUAUUGUCAUCCUGCGACAUUAUACGGCAGGUGCGACAAAGCCGUUUUUAUGAGUCUGUUUUUCUGGAGAUCUUUGCAUUCCGAAGGGUAUUUAAAAUGAAAAGUUUCUGAGGACAUUGUUCAUUUGUUCUCUGGGGAUAAAAAGCACUUCUCAGUGUUCAGGCUGUCACUUUAAGGGGGGGCAUUUCAGACAAAUUGCCCAGUCCCCCGUGUCUUGCUCAGACAGCUCCAGUGUGUGUGUGUGUGUGUGUGUGUGUGUGUGUGAGAGAGCGAGAGCGAGAGAUCGGGGGUAUGAGCUGAGAAUAAAAGCGAGCUUCGUGGCGACGGAGCCAGAAGUGUCCAGUGAUUAGCAUGCUGGUCUGGUCACUGUGGCCCCGCUGCCUUUCUGCCUCAGUGCAGUCAGAGUGAAGGCCUUGCUGUUGGCUGACACCAUUCAGAAUCCUGCAGGAGAUACAUCAACAACAAUUUAAACUUAGCCACAGAAAAAACACGGGGAACACCUGCAUUCAUAAGGAUGUUUCCUAUGAGGAAAAGUGACAAGGAGAAGACCAGCAGACUUUUAUAGGCUUUUAUAAAUCUCCAGCUUUGGAAGCAGACUUGGCAGAUUUCCUCGCAUCUUUCCUCACUUGGCCUUUUCCCGGCUACUACUGUGGCUUGCUCACUGUCAGUGGAGACAAGUUUUUCUGGGACACAAUAGAAACCCUCGAAAUUUCCCUCAGUCCUCAGCAUUCCUGAGAACCAGAGCAGAAGGAUCCUUGGGCUCCCAACAGCAACAUCAGAGAAAACUUUACUGGGUCACAGAAAUCACUGCUAACCCUCCAAGAUGCUGAACCUCAACUCACCGGACGACAACAGCAACAGGAACUCUCUCCAGGACCCAGUUUCCUUGAACGUCGGUGGAGAAAUUUACACAACAACCCUGGACACUCUGACGCGCUGCCGUGACUCCAUGUUAGGUGCUAUGUUCACCGGACAAAUGCCUGUGCUUAGAGAUAACAGAGGGAAUGUUUUCAUAGACCGUGAUGGAAAGGUGUUCAGGUACAUUCUUAAUUACCUACGCUCCAGCUCCCUGGACCUACCCAAUGGCUUUUCAGAGCUGGCACUACUGCGGAGAGAGGCCGAUUUCUUCCAGAUACGCCCCCUGCUGGAGGAGAUUCGCCAUUACGAAGCAUCAGUGCCUCUCAGCCUUAGAGGAGGGCCACUGGGAGCCAUGAUUAUGGUGAAUGUUGAUUCCAAGGUCCGUGUUCUCCACUUUAACUUACGCCACGGGCCAGAAAACUAUGAGCUUCGUACGUGCUCUGUGCGAGCUCUCACAGUUGACCUCUUUUGUACCUGGAGAGCCUUCCUGGCACUGCUUUGCGAGCGCUUCUCCUACAUAACAUCCCAGGGUCUCACUAGCCCACAUCCAUGCAACCCGAGGCAGAACAGGCUGAAACUGGAGUGGGUGCCGAGACCUGAUGAACUGCCGCAGGAUCAGUACGACAAGCAGCGCUACCGGGGACUGUCUGUCUCUAACCCUGAGGUCGCACAGUCGGAUGACAUUAUGAAAAUGCACUGGAGUCCCUGUGAAAUCACAGACAUGCAGGGCUUUGUCGAGGAGCUGCUGAAGGUGUCUCUGGCUGAAGGAUUCAAGGUUGAUCUGGUGACUCCUGACCCAGCGGAAAUUCUUAACUGCACCUCACUUAGACUUGUCAAGCGCUGAGCCCUAGGCAAAGAACAGCAGAACAUGCCAAGCUGAUGAACUGUAGAUUAUUAUUCCCUCGAAUGAGCUCAUUAUCUUGAGAACUAUAAAUGUUUAAUCAAAUCGUUUAGGGUUAGAGCUAACUUUGAAAAUCUAAAGGAUAGAGAUUAUGCCUAGGAGAUCACUGAACAGUUUACCAAAAUUAAAGUGCAUUAAAUGCACAGUAUGUAAUUUCUGCCGCUGAGGGUCUUUCAGUAAAAACAGUAACAAAAGAUCACAUUUGAUAACACCGCGAGGUAUCAAGGGAUCAUGGGAAUUAAUUGUGAAACAAAGCAUGCAGCAAAUGACAAGUGAGUAAUACAAAUUAUAAUAUACAAUAGAGUGAUGAGCUGGCUUUCAUAUGGAAACCAUAUGAAAUGUAAUCUUUAAUAAAAGUAUAUAUUUCUCUGGCUUGAAGAUUGCUGAAAACAUUUAGGACAGUGUAAGUUCUAGUCAUUUAUAGACAUUGUGGAAAUCCUAUGUAUUGUAUGUUUAACUACCAAAAAAAAACCCUACAAACGCUGAUACUUAGUUAGAUGUACAUAUAACUAUAAUCUAAAACAUUACUAGCAUCAUAUAUACAUGAACUUGAUGGUUUUUGGGCUGUCAAACAUGUAUGUCUGCUUUGGAUAAAGUAGACAUAGACUCUGUGUACAAGACUGUUACAAACAAAGAACUACAGUACAGUGCUGUGCCAGUACUACAGGAAAACUGCAGUGAUUUGGACAUACAAUCCCGAAGAAGGUGGGACACUGUGCUUGAAAUGUAAAUAAAAACAGAACGCAAUCAUUUACAAACAAACUGUAUUUACUGACAGCCAUUUCAACAAAGUGUUCCUGAGCCCAUGAAGUAAUAUCCUUUAUACAACCAUGUGUUUCACAAAGUGGUGAACCUUUGGCUUGUCCUUACUUGUGAACAAUUUAGCCUUUCGAGGAUGUCCCUUUCAUACCCAAUCAUGAUACUGUCACCUGUUAACAAUGAACCUGUUUACCAGUGGAAUGUUUUUCAGCAGUACGUAAAUGUCCCUGUCUUUUGUCAGCCAUGUGCCAAUAUAUGGCUUGUAUAGUGGAUAUAGAGUAUAUAUCAAUAUAUUUUUGGGAAUAAUAAUGUUGUCAGGACUCUCACAGGCUGCAUGAGUAACUGAUUAUGAAACUUGUAGCAUAGCAGUUGAAUGAGUGUUCAUUGGCAUAGCUUAACUGGAGCCAUUGAUAGGUGUGGGAUAAAACUUGGUUCUGCUUUCUGUUGGUUUCCCAGUAAGAUCUGGAACUUUUUGAAAAUCUUCUACUUUUGUUAUGCCCUCCACACAUAGGCUCAGUGGCUACUGUAACCUCUCUCAUUUACCUCCUGUUUUAUUGACACUCAACUUCAAAGUGUACGUUUUUUCCUAGGUUUUCCAUGUUGUUGUCAUGGAAAGAAUAGAUAAAAAUUCAGUUAAACACUUUUUUUCUUUUGCCACCUACUAAAAUCCGCACCUACAUAUUGAAAUUGCUCAUUGAUAAUAUUUCAUGAUUAAUUCAGCUGUGUUUUCUGUAUCUGUCUGCCCUUUGAAUGACUCACAGAGGGAGUCAGAUGAGUUAUAAACAGUGUGUGUGUAAUUUUAGUCCGGAGGAAGCAGUAGUAAAGGAAGUUUGAAGAAGGAAAAGAUGUGUCUCGGCUGAGGAGGAAAGGUGUCUAGUUGCGAAAACAAAGCCAGUGGUUCUUUCCUCUUGCUCCCUCUCUGAACUUCCUUCCUAGUACUGUAAGAAUGAAUGGUUCCACAGCCAUUUUGGAUGGACAGUGUGCUUUAUGGUUCACAUCAUGUCAUCAGUAUGCUCACAAGUAGCUUUAAUGCUUAAAUCCCAUGUUUAGUGAUUUGUUUCAGAUUCAUUAUUGGUUGAUGGUUACCAUUGUUGUAAUUAUUAAUCGUUUGUGUAUUUUUCCU